AUGAACAAAAACGCUAUUGAAGGAAAGGUCGUCUUUCUCACUGGAGCUGGAUCCGGUAUUGGGAGAGCGACGGCAUUGAAACUCAGCAAACUCGGAGCACGACUCGCACUCAGCGAUCUCAACAUUGAAUCAUGUCGAGAAACUGCCAAGCAAUGCGCCGGAGGACCUCAUCAAGUCACCCUGCUCAAUGUGGCCGAAUACAAGCGAUGCAUUGAUACCGUCAAGGAUGCGAUAGGCUACUUUGGCCGUAUAGACCAUGUCUUCAACUGUGCGGGUAUCAACCCCACUGCAAGAGAUCUGGUCGACUGCAGUGAAGAUUACUUUGACAAGCUCGUUGCUGUCAACCUCAAAGGUGUCUAUAACGUCACGAAAGCCACCAUCCCAUACCUCAGAUCUGGAAGCGCAAUUGUAAACGUCUCAUCUAUCUGUGGCGUCCAUCCUCAUAAGCAAAUGGCCAUUUACUGCGCAACAAAAUACGCCAUCAUCGGCUUCUCGAAGUCUAUGGCUCUGGAGCUCGGUCCCAAGGGUAUUCGUGUUAAUGUCGUUGCUCCGGGAUAUAUCGAGACACCAACAAAUGCUAGCGUCAUGGCUGGCGAGGAGGCUCUGAAGAAAACCGUCGAGCAAGUGGCUAUAGGCCGUAUGGGCAAGGCUGGCGAGAUUGCAGAUGUCGUAGCCUUCCUCAUGGGUGAUGAAAGCAGAUACAUGAAUGGAUCUGUUGUCGAAGUCAACGGUGGUACCGGAUAG